ACUAGUACUAAGCUGAUAUUAACUAAUGAAAUAUAUGAACCAAGAUUAGACAAGUUAAAUAUUGGUUCAGCUUGUAUUUUAGUCAUUAAUAAUAAUGAAGUACAAACUCUGUUGAAUUCAUGUAGAAUAUCUAACCCUUUAACUUACGUAAAUAGCUCUAGCCUUGCAUAUGUGAUAUAUACUUCAGGUACUACAGGUACUCCUAAAGGAGUAAUGAUAGAACACAGAGGAAUAGUGAAUAGAAUUCACUGGAUGAAUCGUAUGUAUCCAUUAAGUGAAACUGAUAAAGUACUACAAAAAACUUCUUAUAGUUUUGAUGUUUCUGUAUGGGAAUUGCUAUGGGCUCAUUGGUAUGGAGCUUCAAUAGUAUUUGCUAAACCAGAAGGUCAUAAAAAUGUGGAUUAUCUUGUAAAUUUAGUAAGAAAAGAAUCUAUAACUAUAAUACAUUUUGUACCAUCGAUGCUUGGCGUGUUUGUAAAUAAUCUUAAAAUUAAUAAUAAACAAGAAUACUUAAAUAACAACGACCAGCAAUAUGAAAAUCUUUUGCCUAGUGUGAGAUAUGUAUUUUGUAGUGGUGAAGUACUUAAUUUAUAUCAAAUACAAGAGAGUCAAGUAUUAUUACCUAGAGCUGAAAUACAUAACUUAUAUGGUCCGACUGAAGCGUCAAUAGAUGUAUUAUAUUACAAUUGUAAUAGUAAAGAUAUAAAAACAGUGUGUGUAGAUAAUAACUUAAUGCCAUUACCGAUAGGAGGGAUAGGAGAAUUAUACAUAGGAGGAGUAGGACUUGCUAGAGGAUAUUUAAACAGAGCAGACCUUACAGCAGAGAAAUUUAUUGCUAACCCGUUUCAAACAGAAGAAGAGAAAGUUCAUAAUAAGAAUACUCGUCUAUAUAAGACAGAGGAUUUGGUACGUUGGUUAGCUGAUGGUAAUUUAGAAUAUAUAGGACGUAAUGAUUUUCAAGUAAAGAUCAGAGGAUAUAGGAUAGAAUUAGGAGAAAUAGAAAAUGCUUUAUCAAGUUAUGAUGGGAUAAAACAAAAUGUUGUAAUUACUAAAGAACAUAAAAAUACUGAAGAAGACUUAGCAGCUAAUAAAUAUUUAGUAGGUUACUAUGUAUCAGAAUCUAAAUUAGAUGAAGAAAAUAUUAUAGUUACCAGAAUAUUUUAUAAUAAGAAUACCCGUCUAUAUAAAACAGGAGAUUUAGUACGUUGGUUACCUGAUGGCAAUUUAGAAUAUAUAGGACGUAAUGAUUUUCAAGUAAAGAUCAGAGGAUAUCGAAUAGAAUUAGGAGAAAUAGAAAAUGCUUUAUCAAGUUAUGAUGGGAUAGGACAAAGUGUUGUAAUUGCUAAAGAACAUAAAAAUACUGAAGAAGACUUAGUAGUUAAUAAAUAUUUAGUAGGUUACUAUGUAUCAGAAUCUAAAUUAGAUGAAGAAAAUAUUAUAGGUUAUCUACAAGAGAAGUUACCAGAAUAUAUGAUACCAUCUGUGCUAGUGCACUUAAAGGAAUUACCAUUAACAAUCAAUGGUAAGUUAGAUAGAAAGGCAUUACCUGAGCCUGAGUUCAGUAGUGGGGAUAAUUAUGUAGCUCCACGUAAUGAAGUAGAAAAGCAAGCAUUACCUGAGCCUGAGUUCAGUAGUGGGGAUAAUUAUGUAGCUCCACGUAAUGAAGUAGAAAAGCAAGCCCAAAAGGAAGUAGCUAUAGACAAUGGG